CGGCCCUCUCUUCCAUGGAGUACGAUACAAGCGUUCGGGCGGUCUCACCAACCAGCUCAAUAGGCUCUACAUGUCACGAUCAGACGUCGGCUUCUGAUGGUGAAUUAUCUCAGGCAGCUUUCGAACGGAAAUGGGAAGCAAAGAUUGGCCUAGGAAAACAGAGAGUUGACGAAGAAAAGGCUGAGUGCCAUGUACUCUUUGCACGGCCAACUACGCCGAGCAGUGAACGAUCUUUGUAUGAACGAAUUCUGCACAAUCUUCGCUGCGAAGUCGACCAAAUACGCGAUAACGAAAUCUUCGAGCAAAACAUGUCGUUUGGGCCAGACACCCUUGACCAGCCUUCCACAAAUGACGUCGAAGAGAUUCUGCAGAGCAUGAUGUCUGGGUCAUCUUUAUCCACAACAGCGUCCAAGACUGGAACUGAGUGGGCCGACGAAUCUAAUCAUAGUUUUGCAACAUUCGGCUCCAAUGUUCGAGCAAGUAGUUCUGCGGCAGGGAAACGAGACAAGGACAGCCGGAGACUUGCCGGAUAGGAUCAUUAUUUUCUUUACUUCGUUGCCGUUAUCUCUACUUGAAAUCACCCCACAUAUCGCUUCAGCCCUCGUAGCAUACCAAUACCUUACCAGUACCACACCGCAAUUAUCAUUAUUUCGGAACCCUUAAUUAUAUUUGCAGGCUUUUUCGAUUGGUGGAACAGCUUGUUGCACUUAUUUGGCUGAUUAUUCAGCCGAUCUAGCA